AUGAUUGACAAUGACCGGCCACCUGAACCCAUUGCAAGUGAUUACGUUGAACUAGGAACGCUGCUCAUUUUGUUUAUUAUUGGUGGACCGUUAAAUCUUGCGGCACAUACUCAGAUCACAGAGCGACCAUCGGCUACACGUCUUGAUAUCUUAAAACGACAUUUGAAUUAUUCUGAUUUAUUAGUACUGUUCAUAUAUGUACCAUCACGAGUCUGUUGGCUACUGACGUAUGACUGGCGAGGUGGAAAUUCUUUAUGUAAAAUUAUCAAAUUCCUUCAUACAUUUUCUUUUCAGGUAUCAUCAAAUGUGAUUGUUUGUAUAGCAAUUGAUCGACUAUUAUCAGUAAUGUCAUCACAACAUCAUUCAUCCGAAAAAGCCCAGCGAAGGACUCGAGCCAUGCUUAUGGUAGCAUGGAUUGCUGCUGCUAUUAUUAGCACACCACAGUUUGUUGUAUGGAAAACAUUUCUUGCAUUUGAGGAGCUUAACUGGAGUCAGUGUAUGCAGAUCUGGGAAAUAAUUCGCGUUGAACAAACUAUGCAAAAUCGUAGUGUCGGGAUAUCGCGUCAACUGAUGGAACAAGAAAACAUUUAUGUUGUUGUUCAUAUGAUGCUGAUUUUUUGGGUUCCAGCAACUACUGUUCUGUUGUGUUAUCUAAUUGUAUCCUGUUGGGUUUACCUAAAUUCACGGCCCAAAACAAAGACCGUGAUGUACUCGCGUAAUGCUAUCGGUUACAAAGGCAGCAGACGGUGCAUAAGGAGCCAACAGAAAUCUUCUGGUUGGAAAGCUAUAAAACCGACGCCAAAGAACGGAAAGAAUGAAAACACAUCGUUGCCAUUAAGACCGAAUCUGCGCAUCGUUAUUAGUGAAAAUGGUCAGGCAGCCAGGAGGCAACCGAUAACGAAACAAGAGAAAACCAAUAGUGCCGAAUGCGGCUCAGAUGGUUACGUUAUCAACUAUCGGUCGUACAACACUAAAAUUAUACGGAGUCGAGCGAUUCGAGUAAGUUUUCAACUGGUCUAUUGUUUGCAUAGCAUUAUGGUUUUCAAUGCAGUAAUCAAUCCAUAUCUUUAUGGACCAUUUGGGAAUUUCUUAUCACCGAGACGGACUGAUACAAACUAA